AUGGGCUUCCUCAAGACGGCACUGACAUCGUCGGUGCUUCUGGCUGGCCAUGCCAUCGCAGCCGACCUGCCCUCCAUCAAGAUGAAGGGCAGCAAGUUCUUCUUCGAGAAUGGCACCCAGUUCUUCAUGAAGGGCGUCGCCUACCAACAAGAAACCGGCGCUGCCGGUGAGACGACGACCAACAAAUAUAUCGACCCUCUCAGUGACGAGGCCAUCUGCGAACGUGAUGUCCCUCUCCUUGCUGCUCUGGGCACGAACACGAUCCGAACCUACGCCAUCGACCCUACCGCCGACCACUCAGCCUGCAUGGCCUUGCUUCAAGAGAACGGCAUCUACGUCGUCUCUGACCUGAGCGAGCCGGCUCUCUCAAUUAAUCGUGAUGAUCCCAAGUGGGACACGGAGCUGUUUGCGCGCUACAAGAGCGUCGUCGACGAGAUGAGCAAGUACAGCAACGUCAUCGGCUUCUUCGCCGGAAACGAGGUCACCAACAGCAAGAACAACACCGAGGCAUCUGCUUAUGUCAAGGCAGCUGUUCGUGACACCAAGGCCUACAUUGCCGACAACAUCAAUCGUUGGAUGGGUGUUGGAUACGCCGCCAACGACGACGACGCGAUUCGUGCCCACAUUGCCCAGUACUUCAACUGUGGCGAGGAGAGCGACUCCAUUGACUUCUGGGGUUACAACAUCUAUUCCUGGUGCGGCUCCGAGAGCAGCAUGUCCAUCUCUGGUUACGACAAGCAGGUCGAAUUCUUCCAGAACUACUCUGUCCCCGUCUUCUUUGCCGAAUACGGUUGCAACACUGGCGGUGCCGAGUCUCGCGUCUGGGACGAUACCACGGCCCUUUACUCCGACGAAAUGACCGAUGUCUUCUCCGGCGGCAUCGUCUACAUGUACUUCCAGGAGGACAACGACUACGGUAUCGUCUCCAUCUCCAACGACGAGGCCUCUACCAUGGAUAACUACAAGGCCCUGAAAACCAAGUUGGCAUCCGUCAGCCCCUCGUCGACCGCGUAUGACUCCUACAGCCCCACCAACAGCGCCCAGGCCUGCCCUUCCAUUGUCGACACGUGGAAGGCCUCCGAGAACCUCCCUCCCACGCCUGACAGCGAGCUCUGCGAGUGUAUGUUCAACUCGAUCUCCUGCGGUCCUGCUUCUGACCUGUCCACCGACGACUAUGGUGACAUCUUCGCGUACAUCUGCGAGAACGACGCUGAGGGUUGCACCGGAAUCAAUGGCAACGCCACCACUGGUGUCUACGGUCCUUACGUCAUGUGCAAUGACACCCAGAAGUUGGGUUACGUCCUUGACCACUACUACAAGUCUCUAGACCAGGCCUCCGACGCCUGCGACUUCGAAGGACAGGCUGUUGUCAACAGCGACGUUGCAUCCGACUCGGCAUGCAGCGACAAGCUCGCCAGCGCCAGCUCUGCCGCCGAGGUUGCGGCCACAGCCACGUCUCCUAGCACUAGCAACAGCACCGGCACUGGUUCUUCUUCCUCCGAGAGCGGCAACCCGGCCAACAACCUCAGAAUGAACCGCCUGUUCGCGCUGGGCGAUCUUGCCAUUGGAGCUUACCUGCUGGUGGCCAUGGGUGUUGGUGCCGGCAUGGUCCUCUUGUAA